AACUUGACAACUGUCGAGACAAAAAAACACAACAACUGUGCGAAAAUUUUAAUUUGAUUUAAAUACAACAACAAUUUAACGAGUGAAAAAUAAGUGAAAUUCAACCAAGUGUUAACGAGUUAAACGAAACGAAAAUGAGUGUGGAACAAUUUGCCCAGGAAUGCCUCAGUGCCCACAAUAAAUAUCGCGCACUGCACCAUGCCCCACCGCUGAGUCUGAGUCCCAAGCUGAAUGCAUUGGCCACCAAUUGGGCUCAGCAUUUGUUGGCCAACAAUCGCAUGGAGCAUCGUCAGAAUAGCGGAUAUGGCGAGAACAUUUAUAUGGCCAUGGGUGGCCAGAUGCCUGCUGCCAAUGCUGUGGAUUCCUGGUACAACGAGAUCAAUCAAUACAAUUGGCACAGUCCCGCUUUCAGAAUGGGCACGGGACACUUCACCCAAGUGGUGUGGAAAAACUCCACUGAGUUGGGUGUGGGAUUUGCCAAAAGGGGAAACGUCAUCUAUGUUGUGUGCAAUUACAAUCCCCCUGGUAACUACACCAAUAUGUUCCGGGAAAAUGUAUUGCCCAAAGGUCGCUAAAAGCUAAAGGAAACUUAAGGCAUUCCAAAGAUAUUUAUGAAACAUAUGAUAUAUACAUAUAUAACCUUUGUAAAAGGGUAUAUCAUUCCUUUGAAACAUUCCAUUGAAACCAAAGCAACCAUUACCGAAUUUAUAUUGUGAACAAAUAUACAUAUUAUAAGUAUAAAACUCCCAAACAUACCCAAAACAUAAAUAUACAC